UUAAUCUUUAGAGCUCUGUAAGAUAGGUCCUAUUAUCAUCCACACUGUACUGGUGUCAUUCUACGUGAGUUCAUCGUAUUUUAAUGUUUAAUCUUUAGAGCUCUCUGUAAGAGAGGUUCUGUUAUCAUCCACACUGUACUGGUGUCAUUCUACGUGAGUUCAUCGUAUUUUAAUGUUUAAUCUUUAGAGCUCUGUAAGAGAGGUCCUAUUAUCAUCCACACUGUACUGGUGUCAUUCUACGUGAGUUCAUCGUAUUUUAAUGUUUAAUCUUUAGAGCUCUCUGUAAGAGAGGUUCUGUUAUCAUCCACACUGUACUGGUGUCAUUCUACGUGAGUUCAUCGUAUUUUAAUGUUUAAUCUUUAGAGCUCUGUAAGAGAGGUUCUGUUAUCAUCCACACUUCAGAAGCAGCAGGACCGAAGCAUUCCUCACGAAUAAUCAGAAAUCCAAAGCAAAUUACAAAGUUCCAUCUCACCCUCAUUACACUAGAAUAGCCAAAAUUAAAACUCCAAAUAGGGCAAAUGUUGGCAAUGAAAUGGUAAGCCCUCCCACCCAGUAGUAGUGGGAACGUAAACUAGGGAUGCAAAGAAGAGAGACGGGCUUCAACUGGGUCUAUGAUGUCUCAUUUAUCAAUUUAAACACAAUACGGCAAAAUAGUCAUGUUGAAAGGCAAGUGUUGUGAUAUUUAUUGGAAAUAUUCAUUUCUUAUUUUUAAAAGAAGCUGUAUUAAAAUAGUUUCCUAGGCUGCCAUAAUAAAGUCUGCAGGUUGAGCGAUUUAAGCAACAUAACUGUAUUGUCUCACAAUUCUGGAGAGAAGCAGCUUGAGAUCAGUGUCGGGGUCCCUUUCUGCUGAGGCCUUUCUGUUAGGUUUUCCAUGGCGUCUCCCUGUGUCUGCACAGGGCCUUCCCCCGGUGUAUCUGUGUGUCUGUGUCCUAAUCUCCUCUUUUCAUUGGGACACCAGUCCUAUUGGAUGAGGGCCCACUCGAAUGAUCGAUCUCAUUUUAGCUUAGCCACCUCUUUAAAGGCCCUGUCUCCAAGUGCAGUCACUUUCUGAGGUACUGGGGGUUAGGAGCUCCACAUUUGAAUUUUGAGGGGAGCAUAAUUCAGCCCAUAAGAGUAACAAAGUUAAAUUAUUUAGUUAGGAGCUCAUAGCUGGUGUGAUGGAUAAAUGGGAUUCAGACUCAGAUGUGGUUCAGUCCAAAUGUUAUUUCAGAAUGCUACGCUGCUACCCUUAGACUACUAGAGGUGUACCCCCAAACCAGCUAGGGCUUUGUUUUCCCAAAGACCAAGAGAGUGAGAGGAAAAAAUUGUCUGACUUAAGAAUAAAACCGAGAAGACAGAAGCUGAAAAUACUGACCUCAAUCACACUGCUUAUUUGCUAAGCUGAUGUAGCUGGCAUUUGGAUCAGGGAAGGUAAAAAGAAGUGACUGAAAAGCAUAUCUGGACGCCAGCUAACAUGUCGAGGAGAAGAUUUGAUUGCCGAAGCAUUUCGGGCUUGCUAACGACAACUCCCCAAACUCCAAUGAAAAUGGAAAACUUUAAUAAUUUUUACACACUGACAUCUAAAGAGCUAGGAAGGGGGAAAUUUGCUGUGGUUAGACAGUGCAUAUCAAAAUCAACUGGCCAAGAAUAUGCCGCAAAAUUCCUAAAGAAGCGCAGAAGAGGACAGGAUUGCCGCGCGGAGAUCCUGCACGAGAUUGCCGUGCUUGAGUUGGCAAGGUCCUGUCCCCAUGUGAUCAAUCUCCAUGAAGUCUAUGAAAACACAAGUGAAAUCAUUUUGGUAUUGGAAUAUGCUGCAGGUGGAGAAAUUUUCAACUUGUGUUUACCUGAGCUGGCGGAAAUGGUCUCUGAAAGUGACAUUAUCAGACUCAUCAAACAAAUACUUGAAGGAGUUUAUUAUCUGCAUCAGAAUAACAUUGUGCACCUUGAUUUAAAGCCACAGAAUAUAUUAUUGAGCAGCAUAUACCCUCUUGGGGACAUAAAAAUUGUAGAUUUUGGAAUGUCUCGGAAACUAGGAAAUGCAUGUGAACUUCGGGAAAUCAUGGGGACACCUGAAUACUUAGCUCCAGAAAUCCUGAAUUAUGAUCCUAUUACCACAGCUACAGAUAUGUGGAAUAUUGGUAUCAUAGCCUAUAUGUUAGUAACUCAUACAUCCCCAUUUGUGGGAGAAGAUAAUCAAGAAACAUACCUCAAUAUAUCUCAAGUUAAUGUAGAUUAUUCAGAGGAAACUUUCUCAUCAGUUUCACAACUGGCCACAGACUUUAUCCAGAGUCUUUUAGUAAAAAAUCCAGAGAAAAGACCAACAGCAGAGAUCUGCCUCACUCAUUCUUGGCUACAGCAAUGGGAUUUUGGAAACUUGUUCCUCCCCGAAGAAAUGUCCAGUCCCCCUCAAGGUCAGGAUCACACGACAAGGUCCUCUGAAGACAAGACUCUGAAAUCCUCCUGUAAUGGCACCUGUGAGGAUCGAGAAGACAAAGAGAACAUCCCAGAGGAUAGCAGUGUGGUUUCCAAAAGAUUCCGCUUUGAUGACUCAUUGCCCAGCCCCCAUGAACUUGUUUCAGAUGUGCUCUGUUAGCACUCUUCUUCUGACUCCUGUGGACUGAACUUGGCAUUUGAAAUCCGCUCCAGUGUGUGACUGUGGUCUGUAGCUUUAUAUGGGCUUGUUUAUAUUGUAAAUGCACUUUUGCAUAGGAGGAUUUAGGAAAUUGUUUAAAAUGUCAUUAGUUACUAGCAUAAUUUCAUUUCCUAUCCUGAGAUACCACUAUGCAGAGAAGAAAAGACGUAAAUAUAUAACCAAAAAUAAAAGUGUGCAUUGGAAUAAUUUAAGUUCAUAUGGAUUUAUCAAAAUGUUUUAUAUAUCAGGGGAAAAAAGUGAUUUGAGUUAUAUUAUGGUUGAUGUAAACUGAAAAUAAUGAAGAGAUAUUUUAUAUUUGAAGAUGUUUUGAUGGCUAUUUUGAAAUUACAUAAGCUUCUCAUUGUAUGUAGUGUGCUCUAUGAGAGGGGUCCUUUACCCAGAGCAAAGGGGGAUUACACACUCAGAGCGGGGAUGUUAUGUACAAGUUAGAGCAGAGGAAAGGGUAGCAUGGCAUUUUAACUCUCAGUCUUCUUCAGAUGUAAUUGGAUCUGACAAAUGGAAAAUACGGUUUACAAGGGUAGAGGAUUCCAUCUUCCAGAAUUUCUAGAGUAGAAGAUACUUCGGGAAAACUGAGUGCGCUCUAAUUUUAGUCGGCCAAACACCUUUAUUAAUUGAGCUAGGAGAAAAUGCUGGCAGACUUAGGUGCCUUAGAGAAUUCUAGAUGUCUUCUAAGUCUUGAGAUACGAGCCAGGCAUUCAGAGUUCUAAAAGUGAGCAUUCAAAAAGUCACAGCACCAGUAGGACUAUGAACACAGUGCCAGAGUCACAAGGUAGAUGUGGUCAUAAAACACAUGCCAUUAGGCUCUCCUGAAGUUCCCGUGUCAAUUCCUCGUGGUGGUGCAGCUCCCGGAAGGCCCCUGCAGAGGGGCCCUCGCGGUCUUCUGGUGGGACCAGUGCCAGCAAGUCCCUGGGACAGCAGGACCUGUGCUCAGGGCUGGGACUAUGUGCGGUCCCAGCGGGGCACGUUCACUCCUGGGGUGAUCUUCGAUGACUUUGCACCUGGUGACUAGUCAAAAGUCUAUUAUACUGUCACGUUAAGGUCAUUGUAAUCUUUAUAUCCCCAGCAUUUCCUGAAGGAAAGUUGUUUCUAUUUGUGUGUGUAUAUAUGUACAGGUAUAUGUAUAUAUGUAUAUAGAGAGAAAAUAUAGUCUUUAGACAACUUUGUCUAGGCAUUCUUCACUCUGAUAUGCUCAACUCAGGUGCCAAAGGAGCUCUUGUCUUAUGACAUAUGAAUAUACAUAUAAAUUCUUUAAGGAGCAGUUUGUUGGGUCAAUAAACUAGUCAUUGUGGAAGCUAAACUGGGUUCUUGUAUAUGUAAAACUGAUGAGUUUUUUUCUGAAUUGUUAAUUGUCCAUUUAUUUGCCUUCAGUAUUAAGGUAAUACAGGUAAAGCUUAGUAAGCCAUUGGAAAAAGAGAAAGUGAUUACUUUUACAAAAGACGAUAUUAUAUAUUUAAUUUCUAGAGAAAUUGUGCCAUACUAAAAAAAAAAUCUAAAAAUGUUAGAAUUUUGAAUUAUAAGCUAGUUCUUAAAAUAUAUUUUAUACUAGCUUUCUUUAACUCUUAGGAAUAUUAAAAUACUUUAUAUACUUCCUCUUAGUUAAUAGAAUACACAGAGUUGUAAAUUUUCAGACCUUUUUUCCUAACAAUUUCUAUUAUUAAAAAAAAAAAAAAAUGUGGUUGCACAUAAACAGUAUUCAAUUUUUUUCAUAAGGGUGAAUUUAAAUAUUUUUACUAAUUGAAAUGUAAAAAUAAAGUAAAGCAAUCUUUAGAGAGAAGUUAUUAACAAAUGACUCAAUUCUCAUUUUUUCUUCUCCCAAGAUUGAAAGUAUAUGAAAAGCAGAUGAUGUAUCUGACUGAAGCAGGAAUCUAGAGUCCCUGUGAGGUGAACAGAUGCCUGAAAACACAUCUGAAGAGUAGUGUGAAACUGUGAUGAAUUUAUAGAACUUAAUUUUCCUCUUGGAUCAGAUCCCUGAAGAGGUGGGAUUAAAAAGUAGUAGAAUAGAUGACAGUUAUAAUUGCCAUUUAACUUUUUUCCCCCACACAAAGUUAACCUAACUCUGAGGACGGAAAGUUGUCAUGGCCCUUUAAAGAAGCCCAGCAGGGCCUAUUCGUAGAUUGUGAUGAGAGAAGGUGCCUGUGCCAGAGGCUAAAUGAACACUUAGCUUCCUUCAUCAAGGAAGUCUUGGUGUAGCAGCUGGUUAGUGCUAGAACUGGUUUUCAUCUAGCACGAGCUCGGUCUUUUUGGAUUGGUUGCAGACAGUUCAUGGGCCAUACUUUGAAUAGCCUGCUCUAAGCAACAGUAAUAAAUGUUGGUAUUUUAUAACUGUUUACAUUUCCUCUGUUUUGAAUUUUCAGUUUGAUAUCUGACUUGGGAACAUCCUUAUUCAAUGUUGUGUAAACAAUUAUUCUUUAAUUUCAAAUUGUAUUAAAAUUAAGUUAUUCAACUUCCAGUUUGGGAAAUUACCAGUUUAUACUUUUAUGAAAGUUUAAAAAACUUUAAUUGUAAAUUUCACACCAAUUACAACUGCCCUCCAACUUAGCUUUCAUUAAAUAUUCAUGUUGCUUGAGGCAUAUUGAAUGACAUUGUUAUGAAACCUUCAGUAACAAAACUUGUUACAUCAGCUUAAUGAUCCUUUUGGUUAAAAAUUAUAAGGCACUUUUGUUUA